AUGGCGGAAAUGGAUCAGAGAGGUGGAAUAACGGAAUCUACGACAACAAUAAAAACGGUAAAACGACAAAACAGGUGCUGUUGUAGCCUAUUACAUGUAACCACCGCUACAUUGCUGAUUGCUUGCUUGGAACUAUGUUAUUUUUCAUAUGAGAUUUUUUCAACAAUAUACCAUCUUGUUCAAACGGGUGAGCAAUAUCUUCUUUCGUUAUCCAUAUCACUAUUCGGUAUACUUCUUGCUCUUAUUGCUUCAAUCCUACUUUUCAUUGGUAUCAAAACAUCAACUCCAUAUUUACUGGUACCACAUUUACUAAUGCAGGCUGCAGCAAUAUGUAUGCUAUCACUUGUUUGUUUGUUUUGUAUAUUUGCUCUAAUGGCUGGAACAAGUUUGGAUUUUAGGAUUGUUAAUAUGGAAGACAAUACAGCUGGUGAUUUAACAUUGAGUAUGACGGGCAAAUCAACCCAUGAACUAAUUUAUGUAUCUCAAACUUUUGCUUUGAUCUUAUCCUUUAGUUGUAUAUUUCUACUUUUACUCGGUUUAGUGCAGGUAUGGAUGAUUAUUAUUGUUUUUCGAUGUUUUUCACACUUACAAGAAAAAGCCAUCCUAAAAACUCAAUGUAUUACCGUAAAUAAUGGCGCAAAUAGGAUAGGACGAGCUACCAAAAGGCAAAGUUGCACAACAAAUGAUGCGGAAAAUAAUAAUUAUUUUUCAUUGGAAAUGAAUUCGACAAAAUUUAUCCGCGACGAUUGA